AUGGAGUACGAGCUGCCCAAUGCCACCGCCUUCUGGUUCUCCCCGGCCUCCCCCUUCGACAACUUCUCCCUGGAGGCGCCCACCAACACCUCCCAGAACGCCACGGGCCAGCACUUCGACCUGACCAGCAACGCCAUCCUCACCUUCAUCUACUUCGUGGUGUGCAUCGUGGGGCUGUGCGGCAACACGCUGGUCAUCUACGUCAUCCUGCGCUACGCCAAGAUGAAAACCAUCACCAACAUCUACAUCCUCAACCUGGCCAUCGCCGACGAGCUCUUCAUGCUGGGCCUGCCCUUCCUGGCCAUGCAGGUGGCCCUGGUGCACUGGCCCUUCGGCAAAGCCCUCUGCAGGAUCGUCAUGACCGUGGACGGCAUCAACCAGUUCACCAGCAUCUUCUGCCUGACGGUGAUGAGCGUCGACCGCUACCUGGCCGUGGUGCAUCCCAUCAAAUCUGCCAAGUGGAGGCGGCCCAGGACGGCCAAAAUGAUCAACGUGGCCGUCUGGGGCGUCUCCCUGCUGGUGAUCAUGCCCAUCAUGAUUUACGCCGGGGUGCAGCACAACCACGGCAGGAGUAGCUGCACCAUCAUCUGGCCGGGAGAGUCGGGCGCCUGGUACACGGGGUUCAUCAUCUACGCCUUCAUCCUGGGCUUCCUGGUGCCUCUCACCAUCAUCUGCCUUUGCUACCUGUUCAUCAUCAUCAAAGUCAAGUCCUCGGGCAUCAGGGUGGGCUCCUCCAAGAGGAAAAAGUCCGAAAAGAAAGUCACCAGGAUGGUGUCCAUCGUGGUGGCCGUCUUCAUCUUCUGCUGGCUCCCCUUCUACAUCUUCAACGUCUCCUCCGUGUCCGUCAUGAUCGUGCCCACGCCCGUCCUCAAGGGCAUGUUCGACUUCGUGGUGGUGCUGAGCUACGCCAACAGCUGUGCCAACCCCAUCCUCUACGCCUUCCUGUCCGACAACUUCAAGAAGAGCUUUCAGAACGUGCUGUGCCUGGUGAAGGUCAGCGGCAUGGACGAGGCCGACCGCAGCGACAGCAAGCAGGACAAAUCCCGCCUCAACGAGACCACGGAGACGCAGAGGACCCUGCUCAACGGCGACCUGCAGACGAGCAUCUGAGUGAGGCACGGCGGGGUUUGUCCUGCCUGCGCCCCUCCCCGGCUGCGGCAGGGGGUGGCACCGGGGUCAGGGCAGCAAUGCCACCUGCGGGCAUGGCUGCGAACGCCCCGUGGCCUCGGGGCUCCUCUCUGCUGGGCUGGCUCUCGAGUGCUGGGAAGGAUAUAGGGGUCAGGAGGAGCCGCCUCGCCAGCAAAACAAAGACAACUCGCGGCGACACCAAAGUGCCGCCACAAGUGGGCACAGGUACGGCCGGGGUCCCCC